CCCUCGUUAAUGGCUUCUCUCUGGUUUCCCACUCUUUCUUCUCGCACUAAUCUGUUCUCAACAUCCAACAACGCCAAUUCUCUGCAUUUCAGCUACCGCCGGCUGCCAAAGCGUCGAUCGGAGAGGCAAAAUCUCUUGACACAAUGCACCAGCUCCGCCGUCGGCGGAGGAGGAUUCUCGACGGAAAGGCUGGGCUCUCAAAGCAGGGCUCGCGAAACGGGAAACCUAAAUUUGGACGUUUCUCAGUACGAGGAUCUACUGAAAGGUGGAGAACAGGUCGUGUCUGUUCUCGACGAGAUGGCCAAGCUCUUGGAAGAUAUGGCCAUGGAUGAUGCAUCUGAGGAAAUUGCAGUGCAAUUGACUGCACAAGGAGUCAUUGGCAAGAGAGUGGAUGAAAUGGAAUCAGGGUUUAUGAUGGCCCUUGAUUACAUGAUUCAGAUUGCCGAAAAGGAUCAGGAUGAGAAGCGCAAGUCACUCUUGGAGGUGGUCAAGGAGACUGUGUUAUCUCAUCUAACUAAAAAAUGCCCCCCGCAUGUUCAAGUUGUUGGCCUACUCUGCAGAACUCCCCAGAAAGAAAGCAGACAUGAAUUACUCAGGCGAGUAGCUGCAGGUGGUGGAGUUUUUAAGAGUGAAAAUGGCACAAAAGUUCAUCUUCCUGGGGCUAAUCUAAAUGAUAUAGCAAACCAGGCUGACGAUCUUCUAGAGACAAUGGAAUCCCGUCCUGUUGUUCCUGAUAGGAAGCUACUUGCAAGGCUGGUUUUGAUUAGAGAAGAAGCUAGGAAUAUGAUGGGAGGUGGAAUACUCGAUGAGAGAAAUGACCGUGGCCUGGAUACACUCCCUGAAUCUGAGGUCAACUUUUUAACCAAGCUUGUUGCCCUUAAACCAGGGAAAACUGUGCGUGAGAUGAUAAAAAAUGUUAUGCUAGGGAAAGAUGAAGGUGCAGAAAGUCCAGAUAGUAAUGAAAAGAGUGCUGCUGGGCAAAAGAAGUCUGGUGGAAUUUUUGGAAGGACUAGUGUCAGUGGUGUUAAACCAUUGCCUGUACGUCCUGGCAUGUUUCUUGAGACUGUUACUAAGGUGUUAGGUGGAAUAUAUACAGGAAAUAUCUCUGGGGUUACAGCACAGCAUCUUGAAUGGGUUCAUCAGAACACACUUCAAAUUCUUCAAGAAAUUGCGUUCUAGGCCCUUUCACCAUAGCACAGGAACAUCUGUUUUUGGCUCACUUCUGGAACAUGGCCUGUCAAAUAGUCAAGAGCUGAUUUUCACAUGACGUGUAGCAUUGUUAAGUCUACAGUCCCGCGACACUGAGCCUUCAUGCUUCAUAAAUGUACGAUGCAUAUGUUAGAGUAAUCUAAGAAAAGAAUACGAAUAGAGAAACAGAAAUGCUCAGAUAGAAUUUUGAAGGGAAAUGCAUACUUUCUGUCUAUUGUCAAGUUUGAGGCUUUAUAAUUAUGCUAGUUAGAUACUAAAUUGUAUAUUUAUACCAAGUUACAACUCAACCCAACCCAGUAUUUUGUUGGUAAAUAGAUUUCAUUAAUCGCUAUUCA